UGGCAUGGGGGAACUCAGAUUGGAUGGGGCAGCUCGGACCAGACUAAGACUUCUGGAAGAGGCUUUUCAUGUGAUGAUACAGAGGUUUUUCUUCUCUGCUUUUGGCAUUGAGUUUUAGGUUUGGUGAUCUUCCCUAAACAUCUCAUUUGCUUGAGUUUCCUCUGUCUCUUGGAGCACCUCUCAGCACAGUGUUUCUUCAAAGCUGCCUUUUUCUGAGGACUUGCAACAGCUCAAAAACACAAAGCAGGCUAAGAAAGCCCAGCAGCAAACAGAUUCUGUGUGCACAGGUCUCCAGCUGUGUGGCAGUUCUCACAGUGCUUAGAGCAGUCUUUCUCAGCUGGGAGUUUUAGCAGUGUUUUCUCCAGAGUGAGUGACUUGAUUGCCACAAUGCAUCUGGCGUCCUUUAGGACACUGCUACCUGGACGGCAGUAGGAGCUACUGCAGGACUUGGGCUUCAGCAAUAGCUCACCUAGCUCUAAUCUGGGGGUAGUUGCUUAGAAAAUGUGCUGUUGGAGAUUUUAUAAAGGCUGCUUUGUAAUGACAGUGUGUUUAAAUCUCCUUUGUUAUUCAGCAAGACCUGAGUUUUCUUGCUUUUUGCUGGAGCAAGAAAGAGUUGGUUGGUGUUGUCUGGCAUGCUCUGCCAAUUAGUGCCACCCUCAGAACACAGCAGCUAUGGAGGCUUCAGGGAGACCAAUUUGAAGGUCGUGCCUGGAGUCUGUGACAUGGAAGAUAUGCUUUAGGGGUUGUACCUGGAGCACCCUCUAAAUGUUAACAGUUACCUGGCCUUUUGUUUUGGGUUGUGGAGCAUCCUGUGUGCUCAAGUCUAGCUGUUUGGCAUUUGGGAACCCAACACAUAUUCUUGGAAGUUGCUUCCAACAUCCCUCUUUGCCUGCAGGCUGGUGUAUUAGUUCACAUCUGAUUUAAUUACAUCAAAUAGGUCUGGUGAAGUAAGCAUUAGCUGGUUCUAACAAAAUCAGGACUGGGACUGUUGUCCCCACUUUUUCCUUUUUCUACCAGUUUGAUAUUAUCCCAAGUUUCUUUUCAAGACAAAGCUGUGUUUCUUUUAACUGAAAAAAAAAAGUAAUUACUAAAUUUUUUACUAAAUUACUAAAAAAGUAAUUAUUUUUCACUUUUUCUCUUCUAUGCUGAUUUUACUUCUGCUUUUAUUGCCAGUGGUUGUUUGGUCUUUGGGGGAAUUUUUUUGUUCUUCUGUCAAUCUCAGUGUCUAUUUGUACUCCCUUUCUUUUCCGCCUGCGUUGGGGGUUGAGAUUUAUGUGCUUUCAACCCAAUUUUCUGUGGGUUGCCAAGAACAUGUUGAAGGGCAAGCAGGUGGCUCACUGGAUCUGAAGGCGUCUCCUGGAUUGUCCAGAUGGAAAGAUUUGGCUGACAGUCCCAGGAACUUGGUGCCUUCUCUGAGCAAAUCUGUUUGGAGAGCACCAUGUGGUACCCAUACAACCAGAAAGGGGAUGAGCUGGAGUACAUUCGCCCCAAUGUCUACCGGAACAUCGCCCGCCAGCUGAACAUCUCCCUGCACUCUGAGACCGUGGUGUCUGAUGCCUUCCUGGCAGUGGCUGCACAGAUUUUCACUGCAGGUACGGUGCCCAGACAGACACACAGACGGGGCUGGGCGGAAAGGAACAGGAUGGAGCCACCUCUCUUGGAGAAGGCAUGUUUCUGGGAUAGCCUGCAAGGCAUAACAUGGGGCAAGGUGGUGUCUCUGUACGCCGUGGCGGCCGGGCUGGCCGUGGACUGCGUGCGGCACGCGCAGCCAGCCAUGGUCCACACCAUCGUUGACUGCCUGGGAGAGUUCGUCCGCAAGACCUUGGUGACGUGGCUGAAAAGGAGAGGAGGCUGGGCAGACAUCACCAAAUGUGUGGUGAAUACUGACCCCAGCCUUCGCUCCCACUGGCUCGUGGCUGCUGUUUGCAGUUUUGGUCACUUCCUCAAGGCCAUCUUCUUCGUCCUGCUGCCUGAGAGAUGAGUCUAGGUUGCCAAGCACAACCCCCCCCCCUUGCCCCAUCUUCUCUCCCACUCUAGAAGCAACAAGAAGUAACUGGAGAAGUAAUCCCAGACUGCUAGUGGCAAUCUCUGAAGAGGAGGAAGAGAAGAACUGGGACACAAAAAAGUCUUGUUCUCCUCUCCCAUCAAGCAGGAGCAGAUGAUCAACCACGGUCUCGUAUUUGCAACCACACGAGCCUCUCUCACGAUGAAUCCUUCCAAGAAUGUUGUUUCCCUGGGUAACUUGCAUGUGUGGCCUAGGUGGAGCUGGUCCCUGGGCAUGCUGAUGGCAGCUGUGUGAAGCAUGGGACUGUCAGAUGGCUGCUCCUUAUGGCUGUGUUGCAUGCUUAUGCUAGCACCAGGCAGAGGGGAGGAGGAAGGGAAUAUUAUUUGAAAUGGGGUAGGAAAAUAGGAUUGGGGGAGAGUCCCUCCUUCACUCCAUGUGAUUUCCCUUUCAGUCCUCAGACUUGCCUUGUGUUGAUUCUUGUUGUUAUAUUUGUGCUUAAACUUCAUCUCCUCCUUUAUCCCUAACUCACUUCCUGGGCUCUGCCCCAGCAAAGCAUGGUGAGUUUUUAGUGAGAUAAAACCAAAUAAUCUGGCAACAGAUGCUUCUCCCUGACGUGUCUUGGAGAUUGGGUCUGAGUAGCUGUGUGAGGGGCAGGACCAGAGGGCAAUGUGUGUUCUGCUGACCCCUCUUACCCCACUCAUCCCAGUCAAACAGGAGACCAAGGGGCAAUGCCUUCAAGCAACAACUUGGGAUGAAAUUUCAUCAUGAAGAAACAUGUUUUCUCCACUGAGAUUCUGUCAGAGCUCAGCAUGUUAAGUAGGAAAGGCUGGGGGGCAUGGGCAGAAAUAGGGAAGCAGAAAGUGGCAUUGUAAAAGCAGUGAGCUGUGCUGAAAGUAGCUGAUGUAUGUUUCUCCUUUAAUCUCUUUGAAGUACAACUUGUAGUCUUCUUUAUGGCAAACAAUAAAAGAAAAUAAGUGGUAUUUCA